UCAAGGGAUCCUUUUGUCUCAACCUUCCAAAGUGCUGGGAUUACAAGCACGAGCCACUACACCGGGCUGUUCCCUUUUUCUUAUAGGUCAUUAAGAACACACCACAGGGGACCUGGGAAUCUACUGAGGAUACAGAUUUCCCAUAAUCUGAAACUGUGUGUCCGUCUGAUUGUUACACAGUUUUAAUUGGGUGCCACACACCGAGAGAGAUUGUUUGCUUGUGGGCCAUCCUGUUUCCAGUAAAAGCCUUUCCACUCACUGUGGCAUGCUAAAUGGAGCUGAUCACCUGGAUCCCUUCAGCCUUUCCUUGAAUCCUUUCCACCCCUUCCCUAAUUAUCCUCUGUGAUCCCUUUCCUGGCAAGGGUCCUUCUGGCCUUCCUACCUUGGUAAACCUGUGGCCUUAUAAGGAUCGAGGUGUGGACAUUAACUUUUCUGCCGUGGCAGCUUCCUGGGCUGUCCUCUCCCUGUUCCCAGCACUCAGGAGCACUGCCCUUUCCUGGCAGCCUAGUAAAUCCCAGGCCUCUGUUUUGGGCCCUGUGGCUUCUUGGUGCCUGUUAUGCUGAACCGUAGAACUGUCUUAAUCAGAGCCCCAAAGGACACUCACUGGCCCACGCGCUUAUGGAGCUGGGUAGCUCUGACCAGGCUUGCCCUCCGGGGUCCUGUCCUUUGACCAUGCUGUCUCUAUCACUUCUGAGGCUAAGGCCUCCUCACACUGUACGACCCAGCUGAGGCAGGCGUUGGCUCUGGGAAAGCACCCUGUCGCAGCACCUGCACCUUGAAUUGGCAUCGUCAGUACACCUGACCCGGGCUGGGGUGGGGCCGUGCCUCUGUACUCCUCUGUACUCAGGUACCUGGCACACUGGCAUUCAGGAAGCGUGCCUUGAAUGCCUGUUAAAAUGAUUAGGACCAGGCGUGGUGGCUCACACCUGUAAUCCCAACACUUUGAGAGGCCAAGAUGGGAAGAUUGCUUGAGGCCAGGAGUUUGAGACCAGUCUGGGCAGCAUAGUGAGACUUUGUCUCUACCAGACUUAAAAAGUAAAUAAAAAUAAAAUGAUUAAACCUGCAUGACUCCACCCUGAGCUGGAUCUCUCCUUAGGUCUAAAGACACUUGCUGAGAACCUGAUGUGAGCCUGGCCUUCCAAGGCACACCUGUCACAGGCUUGGAACUCAGACCAAUCGAAAUCCUGCGCUGCUGACAGCUGCGCUCUCUUCCUCUGGUUCGCCUCCUGGGUCCUGGGGGGUGUUUUUCUAGACCUGCUGUGGGGAGAAUCUUUGGGCUCAGAUGGUAAAGAUCCUGAAUUACCAGAGUCCUGUGCCAGCUCCAGCCCCUGCCUUUGGGUGGACCAGACCAGGCCGGGGAAAGAAAGAUGUCUGCCUAUGAAAGGGAACAGGGAACUGUCUUGAGUGGCUGGCCAAGGUUGAGGCUCAGCCUGCCUCUGCUCAGACUCCGAGCAGUAGGCUCAGGAGCCACAGUUAGGCACGUUUGCACUGCCGACCAGCACAGGCAGGCAGACCAGCUGGCCCGUGGUGCGGUGACUAACGCCUCGUUAAUGGUCACACCCCUUUUGUACCUGGCACGUGCCCUCCAUUGUGUGCCUCCAGUAAAGAGCCCACUAUCAAGUUCCCCAGGCAGCAGCUACUUGGUAGCCACUGUGGCAUGUUGGUCACCAUUGAUAUUUGGAAGAUGCCUAUGCUCUGCUUCAGGCUGAGGCAAGCACCCCUACCUUCCUGUCAUGUGAAGAUGCCUGCAGGAAAGGUCACACCUAGGGUGGGUGGACUAGUAAUGCUCCCUGUUGUUAUUUGGCCUUCAAAAUUAAAUUUAUCUUGGGCCCAAGUGGUUUGCGAUUUCUCUGAGUCUCUGCCUGUUUUCUUCUCUGUUCCCUCCUUCCCAGGAUACACUGGACAUAGUGUGAGACACUUGGGUGCAGAAGUCAUGGUCCAGUAGCAGGGCUGGGUGGAUAAGCCAGCACCAUGAUGGUGGGUGUGCUGGGUGAGGGUGAGGACAGAUGUGGACAGGAGGUGUGGAGCUCUGUGAGGGCUCGGCCCUGCGCCGGAGGUCCCAUGGAGGCCUGUGAAGAAGGGGCGAUUGUACUGAGAGCAGAAAGUGAAAGGGGACAGGUGUGUCCUGCCUCUCUGGACAGUGACAUUCCCACAGUAGUGUGGGGACUGCAGUUGGCACUAUGUGGCCGGGGCUCCUGAAGCUGUUGUCCGAGGGGCAGGGAGGGGCCAGGUCCUGAAGGGCGGGGGACACCAGGAGAGGGUUUUGGGUGGAGAACGGUGACUGGGUGAAGCCCUGAGCGGGCAGGAGGCUGGGAGUGGGAGCCGAAUUGCGCUGGAGUCACGUGGAGUGUGAAUGUUGUGAGCGUCCCGGAAACAGCUGGGAAGCAGCUGGAGGGACGGGCCUGGACCUCAAAGAAGGAUUCUAGGCUCAGGAGAGGGUGGGCUCCAUUGGAGAGACAGGCACAGGAGCUGCAGGAGCAGCCGUGGAGAGAGUGUGAGAUGGCGGACAGGUUUGCUGAAAACCUUCAGAAAGGAGGCUGGAGGAUUUAGCCGCUCUGUCCUCCCCUCCCUGCAGCCCAGGGCUUCCUCCCUAGCACAGUGGCGCUAUGGACUCUCCGGGAUACAACUGCUUCGUGGACAGAGACAAGAUGGACGCUGCCAUCCAGGACCUGGGGCCCAAGGAGCUGAGCUGCACUGAACUGCAGGAACUGAAGCAGCUGGCGCGCCAGGGCUACUGGGCCCAAAGCCACGCCCUGCGGGGAAAGGUGUACCAGCGCCUGAUCCGGGACAUUCCCUGCCGCACAGUCACGCCCGACGCCAGUGUGUACAGCGACAUCGUGGGCAAGAUCGUGGGCAAGCACAGCAGCAGCUACCUGCCGCUGCCUGAGUUCGUGGACAACACGCAGGUGCCCAGCUACUGCCUGAAUGCGCGCGGUGAGGGGGCCGUGCGCAAGAUCCUCCUGUGCAUCGCCAACCAGUUCCCCGACAUCUCCUUCUGCCCCGCCCUUCCGGCCGUGGUGGCCCUGCUGCUGCACUACAGCAUUGACGAAGCCGAGUGCUUCGAGAAGGCCUGCCGCAUCCUGGCCUGCAACGACCCCGGCAGGAGGCUGAUCGACCAGAGCUUCCUGGCCUUUGAGUCGUCCUGCAUGACGUUUGGGGACCUGGUGAACAAGUACUGCCAGGCGGCCCACAAGCUGAUGGUGGCCGUGUCAGAGGACGUCCUGCAGGUCUAUGCGGACUGGCAGCGCUGGCUGUUUGGGGAGCUGCCCCUCUGCUACUUCGCCCGGGUCUUUGACGUCUUUCUGGUGGAGGGCUACAAGGUGCUGUACCGCGUGGCGCUGGCCAUCCUCAAGUUCUUCCACAAGGUGAGGGCCGGGCAGCCCCUGGAGUCGGACAGCGUGAAGCAGGACAUCCGCACGUUCGUCAAAGACAUCGCCAAGACAGUGUCCCCGGAGAAGCUGCUGGAGAAAGCGUUCGCCAUCCGCCUCUUCUCCCGCAAGGAGAUCCAGCUCCUGCAGAUGGCCAACGAGAAAGCCCUGAAGCAGAAGGGCAUCACUGUGAAGCAGAAGAGUGUGUCACUUUCUAAAAGGCAGUUUGUACACUUGGCCGUCCAUGCAGAGAACUUCCGCUCAGAGAUCGUCAGCGUGAGGGAGAUGAGAGACAUCUGGUCCUGGGUCCCCGAGCGCUUUGCCCUGUGCCAGCCCCUCCUGCUGUUCUCCUCCCUGCAGCAUGGGUACAGCCUGGCCAGGUUCUACUUCCAGUGUGAAGGACAUGAGCCUACCCUCUUGCUCAUCAAGACCACGCAGAAGGAGGUGUGUGGUGCUUACCUGUCCACAGACUGGAGUGAGAGAAAUAAGUUUGGAGGCAAACUGGGCUUCUUUGGGACCGGAGAAUGCUUUGUGUUUAGGCUGCAGCCUGAGGUGCAGCGCUACGAGUGGGUGGUGAUCAAGCACCCUGAGCUGACCAAGCCCCCACCCUUGACGGCUGCCGAGCCCACCGCCCCGCUCAGCCACUCUGCCUCCUCAGACCCUGCCGACCGCCUCUCGCCCUUCCUGGCCACUCGCCACUUCAACCUGCCCUCCAAGACCGAGUCCAUGUUCAUGGCGGGGGGCAGCGACUGCCUCAUCGUGGGGGGAGGAGGUGGCCAGGCGCUCUACAUUGAUGGGGACCUGAACCGGGGCCGCACAAGCCACUGUGACACCUUCAACAACCAGCCCCUCUGCUCCGAGAACUUCCUCAUCGCUGCUGUGGAGGCCUGGGGCUUCCAGGACCCUGACACCCAGUGACAGCCUGUGCCACGAGCCUGAAGCUUUUGCUGGGCCUCCCUUGGUGUUCCCAUCUGAAGAGGUGGCCCCAGGAGAGGCCCUCAGGGACCGACCCAGACCAGCAAGCUCGAUUUCCAGGGGUCUGCCCAGAGAAGCCUGGACCCAGGGGACUUUUCAGCCCCCGUCCGUUCCAGCCCAGGCCUUCUUGAGUUCUUGUAACCUCUGCAGCUGCCCAUUUCACCUCUUUGUCAUUGCAGUGACCUGGGGCCCAAGGUCACGCCCAAGCCCCUCUUUAUGGCAUGCUCAUCUCAGUUCAUCCCCAGCUGCUUCUCUGCACCAGGCCCUGCGCCCUCCCCAGGCCCUGGCCACCCAGCACCUCCUUGGCCACCUUGCAUGGAUGCAUGUCCCCCCUCUGUCCUUCUUGUGGUGCUGUGGCUGGCCACGUGUCAGGGUUUUCUCUCAUCUUACAGCCUUUGGGCCCCUGGGCCCCUGCCCUGCCUAAGCCCUGCACUGGCCAGACACAGGUAGGUGCCAAGGGAGGCCUUGCCUCUGGGCACUGUAGGGGGCAGCCCCCUGCCUUGUGACCUCCCUCCGUGCCCUGUGACCUCCUUCAGCUGGUAUUGAGGGUCUGGCCACCACGGAGGGGAGAAGGGAGAAGUGGAGGCCCAAGUGGCUGUUCUGGGACCAUGGAGGCCUGGGUCACAGAUACAGGUACCAGCAGUCCUGCCCCUACUUCCGUCCCUGCUGGUCUCCAGCCAGUGCCACUUGGAGUCCCCUGCACCGUGCCACUGUCCAUCCCCACACCGUUGCCUGCUCCUCCCAUGAGGCUUCAGCCUCCCCUGACCAUCUGCUCACGUAGCCUCUGACUGGGCCCACAGUGGUGCAGGAGGAAGGACCGGGAACCCUGCGUGGCUUUGGGCAAGCUGACAAACCCAUCUGGAACUCAGUUUCCCCAACUGUGAAAUGGGGCCAGUCCCCAUGCCCUGCUGUCCUCCUCACAGGACUGUUGAGAGGCUCACAGGGGGACAGGGUGAAUCCCUCUCUCCGGGAGAGGUAUGGGAGGGAAGUCGCCACUCAUCUCACAGCCCACCGCAGCCCUCCAGGCCCCCGCCUGAGUCCCCAAGGCCCUCAUCUGUACCGCCAGCUUUGGUGUUCAUUAAACAUGGUCUUGCUGCAUCAACUCCAGGGCUCCAAGCUGAGUCUGAUCUCUUCAGCCAGGGGCCUCUGGGGGCUUCCUGGGCCUACAGCCAAGCAGGUGUGGGAGGCUGCCCGCUGCAGUGCUCACCCACAUUCUACGACUGGAAUGCCGCAAGCCUCUUCCAGAGGGAGCCCUCCAGGAGCAGGGAAGUCAUAUCCGAGGACCAUCUGUAGGUUUCCCUCUGCAAACUUCCUGAACUGGGUGGUGACUUUUCUGGCGAGUUAAGUCCAGUAGGUUCUGCGUGGCUGCCCCGGGGGGCCCCACCCUGGCCUUGCAGUGAUCUGGACCAGGAAGACGGAUUGCUGCUGGCUCAUGAUUUCCACAUCAUGAGCGAAGUUCUUUGUUUUUUGUGUGCAUGCAAAAUGUUGUUUCUUUAAAUUUAAUCUCUUUUCCUAACUUUUCUAACCUAGAAGGUAUGUGUAAUUAUUAUCUUUUUUAUUCUUAUCACUAUACUUGUUAUUAUCUGAUAUUAGGCAUUCCCAAAUAGAACAUAAUUUAUUUUGUUAAUGUUCUCUAUUUCUUCUUGAUUAUUUAUUAGCUUUGGAUGUUAAAAAUUAGCCAAAAGUGGCUGCUCUGCCUAUGGAGCUGGCCAUUCUUUGGUUAAA